CCGGAACUUUAACCCUGAAAGCGGCACCCAGAGAGGACUUGGACCAUUCCCACGGCUUCCUCUGGUCUCCCGACGUUCCCUCCCUGGGGGUUCCAGGGAGGAGCAGGGCACUGAGCGCUUCCUAUUGAAGGUGCCCCCCGAGGCUGCCGGUUUGCAUUCUGCGGAGCCCUGCCGGUGCCUGACAACUUGGAAGUCUUUAGGGAGAGAGCGGCGCAGAGUGGAGGAGGUGUGUGUUGGAGGUGGGCCGUGGCUGCUGAGGCUCCAGCGGUGGGUGCUCUUUGUAGGCAGCAGUAGCCGCUAGUCCGGGCACGCAGUACCGCGCAUAAACCCGGAGCCACCAUGCCGGCGCCCCCGCCUCGCCGCCGGCUUCCCUGCUAGGAGCACCAGGGAUGUGGUGAAUGCACCGGCUUCACCGAGCGAGUGCAGGACCCCGCGCGGUCACAGGGCCCCGGGCACACCAUGGCGGACGCAGAGGAGGGCUUUGGCCUAGCGCACACUCCCCUGGAACCUGACUCGAAGGAUCUACCCUGCGACUCAAAGCCCGAGAGCGCGCUAGGGGCCCCCAGCAAGUCCCCUUCGUCCCCGCAGGCCGCCUUCACCCAGCAGGGCAUGGAAGGGAUCAAGGUGUUUCUUCAUGAACGAGAACUGUGGCUGAAAUUCCAUGAAGUGGGCACAGAAAUGAUCAUAACUAAGGCUGGAAGGCGGAUGUUCCCCAGCUACAAAGUGAAGGUGACGGGCCUCAAUCCCAAAACGAAGUACAUUCUCCUCAUGGACAUCGUCCCCGCCGACGACCACAGAUACAAGUUCGCAGAUAAUAAAUGGUCCGUGACGGGGAAAGCGGAGCCGGCCAUGCCGGGCCGUCUGUACGUGCACCCAGACUCGCCGGCCACGGGGGCGCACUGGAUGCGGCAGCUCGUGUCCUUCCAGAAACUCAAGCUCACCAACAACCACCUGGACCCGUUCGGGCAUAUUAUUCUAAAUUCCAUGCACAAAUACCAGCCCAGAUUACACAUCGUGAAAGCGGACGAAAAUAAUGGAUUUGGCUCAAAAAAUACUGCUUUCUGCACCCACGUCUUUCCUGAGACGGCGUUUAUCGCAGUGACUUCCUACCAGAAUCACAAGAUCACCCAGUUGAAGAUUGAGAAUAAUCCCUUUGCCAAAGGAUUCCGGGGCAGCGAUGACAUGGAACUCCACAGAAUGUCAAGGAUGCAAAGUAAAGAGUAUCCGGUGGUCCCUAGGAGCACGGUGAGACAAAAAGUGGCCUCCAACCACAGCCCUUUCAGCAGUGAGCCCCGAGCUCUCUCCACCUCAUCCAACUUGGGGUCCCAGUACCAGUGUGAGAAUGGUGUGUCCGGACCCUCCCAGGACCUCCUGCCCCCGCCCAACCCGUACCCACUGCCCCAGGAGCAUGGCCAGAUCUACCACUGUACCAAGAGGAAAGCAGAUGAAGAGUGCUCCACCGCAGACCACCCCUACAAGAAGCCCUACAUGGACACCUCGCCCAGCGAAGAGGACCCGUUCUACCGCCCCAGCUACCCCCAGCAGCAGGGCCUGAGCGCCUCCUACAGGACAGAGUCGGCCCAGCGGCAGGCCUGCAUGUACGCCAGCUCCGCGCCGCCCAGCGAGCCGGUGCCCAGCCUGGAGGACAUCAGCUGCAACACGUGGCCCAGCAUGCCCUCCUACAGCAGCUGCACGGUGACCACCGUGCAGCCCAUGGACAGGCUGCCCUACCAGCACUUCUCUGCCCACUUCACCUCGGGGCCCCUGGUGCCCCGGCUGGCCGGCAUCGCCAACCACGGCUCCCCGCAGCUGGGAGAGGGCAUGUUCCAGCACCAGACCUCCGUGGCCCACCAGCCUGUGGUCAGGCAGUGUGGGCCUCAGACUGGCCUGCAGUCCCCCGGCAGCCUGCAGCCGUCGGAGUUCCUCUACUCCCACGGCGUGCCGAGGACCCUGUCCCCGCACCAGUACCACUCUGUGCACGGGGUCGGCAUGGUGCCGGAGUGGAGCGAGAAUAGCUAAGGGUGGCCCGUGUCCUCACAGACGUUUGCUAGAGAGAGAGGGAGAGGGAGAGAGAGAGAGAGGGAGAGCGUGCGGGAGAGAGGGAGAGAGGCAGCAGCAGAGAGAACCCCACGGACAAGACUCUCCAUUUUACCCCAUGUUCACGCCUGCACUCGAGACCCCCCCAGACACUGAUCUAAUCAGUAGCCCGAAACCACAGUUCAAAAAAUGUGACUUUGUUGUUUCAUCUCAAAACUUCAAAACCAAACCAAACCAAACCAAACACGAAACAGGACGAGGCAAGCCCCCGCCGCAGCCACCGCACUCAUCCCUGGGCCAUGUUCACGCCGCCGCCAGGGGACCUCCCUGAUUUCUUCUUUUGGUCCCCAGAAAGUCUUGCCUCAUCGAGCACCGCACCCUAACGUGGAGUUGGAGUCCUUUCCUGUCUUGGUGUUAAUGUUGACAUUGUUAUAUAAUAAAUAAUAAUAUAUUUUUUUCUUUCAACUUUCUUAACGGGACCCAGUCCCUUAUUUUGGGGGAGGUCCGCGGCAAGUAUGUUUCCAAGUCUGUACUUGUGGGGACCCCUCCCCGUGAACCACCCCUUAAAAUCUAAAUUUGCCGCCUUUCCCUUGAUGAAGAAGUGACCUACCUCCGCCGUGUACUGUUUCUGAAAAGGUCCCCUACGUGCCCGGCUCUUCUCUGAUUGUGUCCUGCCUUCCCCAUCGUCACGGAGCCCGGUUUGAUUUCUGGGGGAGGCAGGAUGACCUUGGACUCCACGCGGUGCCACCUCUUACUCUGCGCUCCCGUCUUCCCAGCUCUGGGGCUUUCUAAGCCAGCUGUCGCUAAAGCGUGGCGUAGAGCUUCCUGGGCCAGAAAGCUCGCUUUGAAAAACUUAAAGAGCGCUGGUUUACAUGCGGGCAGAACUGUGAUAAAAAAGGGGCAAGCCCCGUGCUGACAAGAGUGGCGAGAAAGCCAAAAUAAAUAUUCGUCCUGACAAAAAAAAAAAAAAAAACAAAGCCAGCCCCAGCCUCCAAACCUCUCGGCGACCCAACUGGAUGCAAAAGCAAAACCCACAAUUCCUCGCGAAGAGGCAAGACGUGCCCACCGACCAGUUCUCUCCACGGAGAUCACACCAAAUGCCGACACCAAACUGUGGUUACGGAAAGCAGAAAACAGUAUUAAAAAAAAAGAAAGUGUGUAAGUAAAACGUUAUUGCAGGGUUCUUCAGAUGUAAUAUUUUACUGGUACUAUUUAUUUAUAAAUAGGAGUUCUAAUUAAGUAAUAACAUGAAAUCCAGCAUGGGAGCUGGCCAAGAGCUUUUAAUUUUAUUGAUACUCAAA